GUGAAGAAGAAAAAAGGGAAGAAAUUGAGUUUUCCAUUUUUUAGGUCUUGACAGUUCCGAGAGAAGAAGAAGAAGGAAAGAUGAGUGGAGGAGGAAUAGGAAGAGUAGUUAGCAAGGCUGGAGAUUUAGCAUUUAAGGCAUUCACAGCUGGUCUUGGUGUUGCUACCAUUUAUCUCACCGCCACUUUCUCUGCAAAUGUGUACACUGGUCUCGCUUGGCAUAAAGCACAACAGAAACUAGGCGAGGAAGAAUCUCAAAAUAAUCCUUCAUCAGAUGUCGCUGAAGGGACAGAAGAAUCUCAAGAUCGAACCAAGUGAACGGAGUUUCUGGUGAUGUGGCCUUCCAUCUCGGGUGUUUAUUUCUCUUCAAAAUAUAAAACCUUUAGUUCUUUUUGCCCCAAAUAAUUGUUUUGCCACUUCCCAGUGGGGUAACAUCGUGAUACAACCAGAUAGCUGGUUUUUGAAAUGUACUCGAGUGUACGAGAUGGCAACCACCACCUUCUGCUUCCAAACAUGAUACAUAUCAUUAUGAAUCUCUGAUUACUUUCUGAUUCAUGUCCAGCUUUUUUGGUGUGUUGUUUAUUGCUAUUAGUAUGAUUUAAGCAUUACUAGCAUGUUAAAUAUCAAAUUGUAGAAUUCUUAUUUUGCUAUAAAUAGACAAGAAAUUGAAAAUUAA